AUGGCACAUGGAAUCCUUGAUCAGUCUCGUGUUCAUGGGAAUAUGGAGUUGGAAGACAUCGGAGAGUUGUAUUUUAAAGAUUUAUGGGCGAGAUCCUUUUUUCAAAACGUUAUUGAUUAUGGUACGUACUACGUAUUUGAUAUGCAUGAUCUUAUCCAUGAUCUUGUACAAUCUGUUGCACAAGGUGAGUGUUUUACAGUGAAGUAUACGAACACCAAAGACAUAUCUGAAAAUGUUAGACAUUUGGCAUUUUUGGAAGCUGGCCAAAAUGUUUCAACAACCUUGCAAAAGUUGAACAAAGUGCGGACUGUAGCAGCAAACAAAAUAGACAUUGAUGAAUCCUUCCUUCACACUAGCUUUUCAAGAUUCAAGUAUUUGCGAGUGGUUGAGUUACCUAGAUGUUCAUUACAAGUAUUGCCAAUUUCCUUUGGUUCUCUGAAACAUUUGAGAUUACUGGACUUGAGUUAUAAUAAAGCAAUAACGAAACUCCCCACUGUAAUUUGCAGAUUGCAGAGCUUGCAAACUCUCAAUUUUUCUAGAUGUGAGAAUCUUGAAGAGUUACCGAGCGAUAUAAGCAAAUUGUUGAGCCUCACAUCACUUUGGUUAACAGCAAAACAAACAAGUUUUACAAAGAAUGGGGUGGGAUGCUUAAAAUCACUUCGACUUCUUGGUAUUUCCAUAUGUAGUAAUUUAACCUCUUUGCCGCGUGAAACGGGCUAUCUUGCUACAUUACGAACUCUUUUCAUAGGAGGUUGCAAACAACUGGAUUUGGGGAACGUAAACUAUCAUGGAACUCCACUAAGGCUCCAAAAAUUGUAUAUUAAAGAUUUACCAUGGAUGGUGGCAUUGCCUGAAUGGUUUCAAGGGGCAGCUAACACCCUUCAAAUCCUGAUUAUUGAGAGCUGUGAGAAUUUGGAGGCAUUACCUGGGUGGUUGGCAAGUUUCACAUCACUCACAAAAUUGUUUCUUUAUUCAUGUUCGAAAUUGUCGUCUCUGCCAAAGGGGAUGCGUUCUCUUACCUCCUUAAGAGAACUUAGGAUUAUAAAUUGUCCUAAAUUGGAGAGAAGAUGCCAGCGCAACAUCGGAGAAGAUUGGCCCGAGAUUUCUCAUGUGCCACACGUUUUCUUUCACUUUGUCAAUUGA